GGAUACCAUUUUGCAAAGACACGUUCCACGGUGAACACUAGGGCCACCGAGAAAGAAAAAUACACACUCACACACAAAAACAACAAGAAAACACCGUAAGAUUGAGUACAUCCCUUUUCCUUAAAAAAAACCCUUGUUUCCCGAGUGCGAGUUCGGUGUGCAGUGUAAGUGAGUGUAUAUUACGGUAAAGCGUAAUCAACGUGUGCAGUGCGUGUUGCGCGAGUUGAACGUUGAGUGCGAAAAAAAGAGCAGCCCGUAGUAGCCGAACACCGUCUUUCAUGCAACUCGUAGCGUAGAUUUUGCGGACAGUUCUAUAGAGCGAGCUGUGUGUGUGUGUGCGUGCGUGCACGCGUGUGUGUGACCGAGCGCGUUGCUUAGUGUGAACGGGUGAGCGACCUCACCUCCGAGAUAAGCAACAAAACCAGAACAGAAACUCUCCAACUGUGGGUACUAAUACCCAUCAGCAUCUGGAGUCGUUGAACUCCUCAAAAAGAUUCCUCAAAGCCACACGAUCAAAUCCUGUUCUGUUCCCUGCCCAGCAUAGCAGCGGUGUGCGUAGGCGACAUCUGCUACCAUCUAUCAGCCCCUAAACAGCAGCGCGUCAGCGGAAAGGCGCCAUCUGUACAGAAUGCGUAUGCAAGGAACGUGGUUAACGUUGGCGGUGGGUAUCGUGGUGUUGGCGGCGGCAGGUAAUGCACAGACGCGCCGACAACAGCAGCAGCAGCGUCUCCGACAGCGCGUUCUAGCCGCACCAUCCAGUGCCGAGUAUGUGGACAGUUCGGAGGACGGCCAGCAGCAGGACAACCGUCCCCAGGCCCAGCAGUACUAUGCCCGGGCACAGGAGCGGCUUGGCGAUGUGGUGUUGGUAGCGUCGUCGGACGAAGAUUACGGUGGUGGUCAGUACGGUGCGCCGGUAGCAGCUGCCCGUCCUCGUGCCGACACGCAGUAUCAGCGACCGGUGGCCAAGAGCACGACGGCAGCACCGGUGGCAGCACGCCAGAAGGCGCCUGCCAGCGAGUCCCGUGCACCGCCGGUACAGACGAUCCGCAACUACAGCAAGGUGAACGAUGACGGUUCGUUUACGUUCGGCUAUGAGGCGGCCGAUGGAUCGUUCAAGGAGGAAACGCGUGGAACGGACUGCGUGGUACGCGGAAAGUAUGGUUACAUCGAUCCGGACGGUAACAAGCGUGAGUUCACGUACGUGUCCGGCAAUCCGUGCGAUCCGAACAAUCCGGACGGUAGCGAGGAGGAGGAGAACGAUCGUUCCGAGGGUGGCCAGGAUGAUUCGAACGAAAAUGUGCCUCAGAACUACCCGGUACGUCGUCCGGUAGCUAUUGCACGUCCUACGCCCGCUGCCGCACCUGCCCGCCACCACUCGACGCCUGCCCCUGCAGCACGUCCAACGACCACCGUGUUCCAGAACGAUUAUCAGGAUCGCCGUCAGCAAGAAUCGGCCGCCGAUGCGGAGGAGGAGGUACAGAUCGGACAGCGUGGAUCAGCCCGACCGGCUGCCCGCCCGUUCGCCGGGUCCGUCACCACGACGCAGCGGCCGCGUGUGCAGAUCGUAAGCACCACACCGAACCCAACACCAACGAUCUUCCACAGUCCGGCACCUCAGCAACCGCAAACCGUGCUCCCGGUGAACAUUACGCCCAAACCCGUGUACCGUGUGUCACCGCUGCCAACACAGCCUACGCUCGCUCCUACCACCUACCGACCAACCUCACCCAGCACCCGCGGCCCUUCGAUCGACUUCGAGGCCGAAUUCAAACGCUUCCAGGCCGACAACAAGCUGCCGAGCCCGUCGACCCCGUCCGCACCGAGCACCGCGCCCAAACCGACCGGCUCGCCCUUCGGCCGGCCCGGAUCGCCCCAGCUAGCCGCCGGUAAUCCGAUCUACCAGUCGCAGCUUAUCUUCGAUCCUGCCUCGGGACAGUACGAUACCGCACUCUACCAGCAGCUGCCCCAGAGCGACGGUGACUUCCAGCUGAACCACCGCAUCCAACCGUACGUCGCUGGACCUCAGCAGCAGCAGCAACACCACCAGCAUCCUGGCGCCGGUCAGCUCGUUACGCUCGAGCAGCUCCAGCAACAGUCACCGCUGUACCGCGCCCAGCCCGCCCAACCGGCCCGACCCGUAGGACCGCCCACCGUCCAGAUACCGCAGCAGCUCUACCAGAAGCAGCAGAACGAGCUGCAGUUCAUCAACAGCCAGCAGCUGUUCGCCCAGCAGCUCGAGCUCCAGCAAAGCCAGCUUCGUGCCGAUCGGAUCGAGGCGGCCAAGAAGGUAACGAGCGGUGGACCACCGAUGCACCGUUUCCAGCCCCAGCCCCAGCAACAGCAGCAGUACUACUUCAUCCAGCCGCAGGGCCCACCGCAGGGUGCACCCGGCCAGAUUGAUGCAUUCCUUCGGGGUCAUAACAUCGAUUACUAAGCCCCCCCCGAAACCACUACUUCCAUACUGAUCGGGUGGGUUUAAGUUUUGUGUUUGCUAGUGUGCGUGUGCGUGUUGAGUUUGUUUUUUAAUUAUAAUUUUACUACACAUUAUUUCGUUCCGUUCCACUUCGUGAAGCCAUUCUGAGGUAUUCGUGUUACCUUUUCCAUUUACAUUAUUGCAUGCUAAAUUUAUGUCUUUUAUUUGUUUCAUUUUGUGUUUAUUUAUCGAAUUGUUUCACUCGUGUAUUAGUAUCUAUUUGUACCGCUCUCUAUCUCUUUUCGGCUUUCUGCUCUAUUUUCCCCUUCUUUUGCUAAGCUUCCUCCAUAUUUAUUGUUUCUUUGUUCUUAUCCCUUUUUUAUCCGUUACUUGACUUUUUUUUCUACUUACUAGACUUCUUCUUACUAUCAUCUUCUUUUUCUAUCUUUCAUUCAAUUUCACAUUCGCACACACUACGUUCUACGUCUUCUAAAAGACAUCAGCAAAACCACAAACAAAAACUGUGGUGUUCCAUGACUUCAGGCAAAAACACCCCGUACCCCGUGUUUGCUAAGAGACAUGUACUGUAUAAGACUAUUUUUUAUCUACGAUAUAAGGACACAGUUAAGCCGUGAUGCUUAUGCGUACACUGACACACAGACUGCACUGGCGACAGUCAGCGCGAUGGCGGCGGAAUGCUGCUGCUGGAAGUAAAAAUCAAAUACCUGCACACACACACAUAUACACGCAGAAACGCAGAAUAUUGUAAUAGUGCUCAAAAAGAAAGAAAGAUAUCAAGAAAACCAAGUGAGCAGGGUGAGGACAUUUGUGCACUAAACCGAUGCUGUCUGCGUGAAGUUGUAUAUGUAAGGACGUUUAAAAACUUUAAACAAAAAAUCACGCGACGAAGUAACGAAAUAAAUAAAGGAAAAAUCGUUCGAAACAAAAAAAAAAA